AUGUUGCAAAACUUUUCUCACAUCUUAGUUUUAUUCUUUUUAUUGAAUAUUUCAAUAAAUGGUCAUGAUCAUUAUAUUCAAAGUUCAUCUUCAUUUUUUUCUCAAAAUAAUAUUGACAAAAGACAUGUGAUAAAAAAUUCAACUAUUCCAUAUGAAAAAACAGGAAGGAAUAUAAAAAGACCUCUAUCUACUGAUUCAUUAAUUAAUCGACAAAUUUUAGAACGAAAUUAUAUAAAAAAACAAAAAACUAAUUAUCAUACAUCAAAUAAUUUCAUUAGAAAUCAACAAGAAUCUAUUGAAUCAAAAUCAAUUGUUAAAAGAAAAAUCAAUCCUCUUUAUUCAGAUUUAAUUCUAUAUUCAAAUAAUCAAACAAAUCUCAAUUCUUCAAUUCAAAUGAAGAAAACUUUCCAGUUUAAUUCUAUUAAUAGAAUAAUGAUCAAUAUUUCAAAAUUAAAUAUUGAUAUUGAAACGAAAAAUAUUUCAAUUGUUUUUCAUGAUAUUGUAACUGAUUUUUUACAUUUAAAACACUCUCAAUCGAUUUCUAUUCAAUAUUCAACAUCGAUGUCAAAUAAUGAAAUGAUAUCAAUAAAAAAAUAUUUUAUUGAAAAAAUUCUAAUUAUAUUAGAUGAAUAUAUUAACAAUAAAAUUAAUAAGGAUUUAAUCGAUAAAAAAUCUAAUCAAAUAAAUCUUAUUUAUGAAAAUUUAACAGAUAUAUUUAAUAUAUAUGAAUCUAACUUUGAUAGUAUUUAUUUUACGAGAAUUCAUACAAAAGAAAAUCUUACUCUUAUUAUCAAUUCUAUUAUGUCAACAACUGAAUAUGUUGACGAUAAAUAUUGUUCAAUCAAAUUUAAAUAUUUCAAUUAUAUUUAUUGUAUUAAAAUUGAUUUUAAUAAAAUUUUAUGGAAUUUACCAAAAGAAGAUAAUUCAAUUCAAUCGUUAAAACUAUUUAAUUCAAUUAAUAUUCAGACACAAAUCUUAUCCUAUGAAGAAAAUCACCAUCCUCAAGUAUUUCAAUAUAAAACAAAUUCAAAAACCACUGAACCUCUUAUUGUUUGUUAUUAUACCAAUUGGUCACAAUAUCGUCAUGGUCCAGGUCGUUUUUAUCCUGAAAAUCUUGAUGUAAAUCUUUGUACUCAUAUAGUAUAUGCAUUUGCAAAACUUGAUAAUGAUCGUAUAGUUCCAUAUGAAUGGAAUGAUGAAAGUACUCCAUGGUCAGUAGGCAUGUAUCAAAGAAUCAUCAAUUUACGUAAAUCAAAUAAAUUAAAAGUUUUACUUGGACUUGGUGGAUGGAAUCAUGGAAGUCACCCUUUCUCUAAUAUGGUUCAUAAUGAAACACAACGAACAAAUUUCAUUAGAGCAACAAUUCGUUUUUUAGAAAAGCAUCAAUUUGAUGGACUUGAUCUUGAUUGGGAAUAUCCGGGUUCACGUGAAGGUUCAAGACCAUCUGAUAAACAACAUUUUAGCAAUUUAUUAAUUGAACUUAAAGAAGCUUUUCGUCCAUUCCAUUUUUUGUUAACAGCAGCUGUGGGUGCUGGAAAACCAACGAUUGAUGCUGCUUAUGAAAUUUCUCAAGUUUGUCAAAUUCUUGAUAUUGUUAAUUUAAUGUCCUAUGAUUUACAUGGCUCAUGGGAAACAAAAACUGGUAUUCAUAUUCCAUUAUAUAGUCGUCAAAAUGAUAAUCAAUUAGAUAAACAAUUGACACAAGAUUGGUCCGUUCGUUAUUGGAUAAAUAAUGGUUGUUCUCCAUCGAAAAUUGUUAUGGGCUUAGCACUUUAUGGUCGAACAUUUCGAUUAGCUAGUCCAUCUAAGAAUUACAUUGGUGCACCAGCUGUUGGACCAGGCAAUGCUGGUUUAUAUACAAAUGAACAAGGAUUUUUAGCUUAUUAUGAAAUAUGUACUCGUGUUAAACAACAAGGUUGGACUAAAAUAUUUGACGAAGAACAAAAAACAAAUUAUGCUUAUAAAGAUGAACAAUGGGUUGGAUAUGAUGAUCUUUAUUCAAUUGGUUAUAAGAUUCAAUACGUUCAAGAAAUGGGUUUAGCUGGAAUUAUGUUUUGGGCAGCAGAUCUUGAUGAUUUUACUGGUAGUGUAUGUAAUGAAGGAAAAUAUCCUCUAAUGAAUAAAGCUGUCAGUCUUAUUCGUUCUCAAAUUCAACCAACAAUAUCAUCAAUAAAAAUAAAUUCAACAAAAAGUUCAUUUCAAGAAAAAAAACGUAUUGUUUGUUAUUAUACAAAUUGGGCACAAUAUCGUCCUGAUCAAGGAAAAUUUUAUCCUGAGGAUCUUGAUGGCUCAUUAUGUACACAUAUUAUUUAUGCCUCUGCUAUAUUAAAAAAUUCAAAACUUGCUCCAUUUCAAUUGAACGAUGAAGAUACUCAAUCGAACAAAGGCAUGUAUUCACGAGUUUUGGCAUUAAAAAAAACACAUAAUAUAAAAAUAUUACUUGGUGUGAGUGGACCGAAUUUCGGUUCAGCUGAUUUUUCUCAUAUGGUCGAAAAUGAACAAUUACGAAAAGUAUUUGUUUAUCAAGCAACAUUAUUUAUACGUGAUCAUCAAUUUGAUGGUCUUAAUCUUGAUUGGGAAUAUCCUGUAAAUCGAUUAGGUAGUCGAUCGCAAGAUAAACAAUUAUUCACUAGUUUAGUCAAAGAAUUAAAAGAGGCUUUUGAACCUUAUAAUUUGUUAUUAACAGCAACUGUUGCUGCUGAAAAGUCAACAAUUGAAACAGCUUAUGAAAUAGAUAAAAUAGCUAAGUAUGUUGACUUUAUUAAUUUAAUGACAUAUAAUCUUCAUGAGAGCGGAUCGAAAAAUAUGACUGGUCAUCAUACUGCCUUAUAUGCACAUCCACAAGAAGAUCAAUAUCAAAUGACACUUAAUCAAAAUUGGUCAGUUAAUUAUUGGAUUAAACAAGGAAUGCCUAAAGAAAAAAUUUCCAUGGGUUUAGCAACAUAUGGACGAACAUUUAAAUUGUUUAAUAAUUUAAAUAGAGGAAUUCGUUUACUAAGUACAGGUCCAGGUGAACGUGGAAAAUAUACAAGAGAAUAUGGAUUUAUCGCUUAUUAUGAAAUUUGUGAAAAAUUAAAUAGUGGCCAAUGGAUAAGUGAGUAUGAUGAUAUACAAAAAUCAAUGUAUGCUUAUGAUGAAGAUACUUGGGUCUCUUAUGAUAAUAUUCAAACAAUAUCUAUUCGUGCUAAUUAUGUUAUUGAACAAAAUCUUGGUGGUGUUAUGAUAUGGGCAGCCGAUCUUGAUGAUUUUUCGGGAAAAUUUUGUAAUAAUGGUCGAUAUCCAUUGAUGAAUGCUGUGGCUAAUAUUAUUCGAACAGGUCAAAUUCAACCAAUUUAUAUAUCUACUCGUCCAACAUCAACUUCUAGAACAUAUUCUACAAUAAAAAUGACUAAAUUUACUCUUCCAUUACAAUCGAAUACAUUAUCUUCUUGGACUUCAUGGUUAACAAGAUCAUCACCUAUAAAUAUAUUAUCGCAAUCAAUUGUUUGUAUGACAAGAAUCAAUCCAGUUUUAUUCAAUAGUGUCAAUAUCAAUCUAUGUUCACAUUUAAUUAUAAUUGAAAGAGAUUUAUUAUCAAUAGAUAUCGACUUAUUUCAAUCAACACUUUCAUUAGAUAUUCUUAAACAAUUGAAAGUAAUGAAAAGAAAAAAUGAAAAUUUAAAAAUCUUUUAUUCAAUACUUGGUCAAUGGAACUCGAAACAUUUUGAUUUACUUCGUAAUGAUCAACAAAGACAAAAAUUAAAUAAAAAAAUGGAACAAUAUUUAACUAAUUAUACUUUCGAUGGACUUGAUAUUGAUUGGAAUAUACAAGUUGAUCAAAUACCUUCAUUAACAGACAAACAUCUUUUAUCAACGUGGCUUUUAGAAUUACGAUAUUUAUUUGUUGCAAAUAAAUAUUCUCUAUCAAUUGGUAUAAGUGGAGAAAAACACAUUAUUGAUAGUUAUUAUGAUUUUAAUAUAAUAUCAAAAAUGGUUGAUUUUAUUCGUUUAAUGGCUUUUGAUUGGACAAGAAUAAAUGAGACAAGUUUAACUAAUCGAGUUAAUUCAUUGGAAAAUCAACGAUAUAAUUAUCAAUUUAAUUAUAUUAAUUGGCUUAUUAAUUAUAUUAAAAUUCUUGGUGUAUCUUCUAAACAAAUAAGUGUUUCUAUACAAACAUAUGGACGUUUAUUUGAAUUUAUUUAUCAAAAUCAAUAUUUGAUUCGUUCAUCGAGAAUUGAUUCAUCAAAAAUCUUGCCUUAUUCACAUAUUUGUAAAUUAUUAAAAACUAAGGAUUUUAUUCAAGAAUAUGAUAAUAAAACUUCUUCAUCAUAUUUAUUUAAUUUUAAAACAAAACAAUUGAUAAGUUUUGAUACAAUCGAUGAUAUACAAAUCAAGGUUCGUUUUGUUAAAUUGGAAGGUUUAUUCGGUAUAACAUUAUCAUGGUUAGAUAUCGAUGAUAUUUAUGGAUUAUGUGGAAAAGGUUCUUAUCCAAUAUUAAAUACGAUUUCUAAUCUUUUAGAUUUCAAUUCUAAUAAACAAUCUUCUGAAAAGAAUUUCAACAAUAUAAAUGAUUUAAAAGAAAAAUCUUCAAAAAAACAAAUAUUUUGUUCUAUAAGUUCGAAUACAGAAGCAUAUUAUGGUUUAAUACGUUUUACAUUGGAUAAAAUAAAAGUCGAUCUUUGUAAUUAUUUAUUAAUUGAUUAUAAUAAUUCUCUUUUAUCAACAUCAACAUAUAAUCAAUUUAAAAUUCUUCUUACAAUUAGUUUAAAUGAUUUUUUUAUUAUUGAUCAAUUAAUAUAUAAUUUUAGAAUUAAACAAAUUUAUGGUUUUAAUAUUUAUUUGAAGAAAUUUUCAAAUGAUAUUAUCGAACAAAUUCAUAUAAUAAGAUCAAAAUUAUCGAAUAAAUAUUUAUUAACAAUAUCAUUUGAAAUUGAAACAAAUAAUUCUUUUUUAUAUGAAUAUUCCAAUUUAAUUCAAUUAAAUAAUUUAGUUGAUUAUAUUAUUAUACUUCCAUUUGAUGAUAAAUCAACAAAAAAUUUUCAAGAAAUCAAACCAUGGAAUAGUCUUUAUUCUACUAGUCAAUAUAAUUUAACUUAUUUUUCAAUGAAUUCAAUUCUUACUCGAAUUCUUUCAUAUGGUGUAUCAAAAGAUAAAAUAAUAAUGAGUAUUCCAACAUAUGGUCUAUCGUUUGUAUUAGAAGAUCAUAUCAAAUAUAAUAUUAAUGAUCAUAUAUUAGAACAAGGUCUUCCAGGCCGUAUUACACAUAGAAAAGGAAUACUUGCUGCUUAUGAGAUUUGCCAUUUAAUUAAACAAGAAAAUUAUCGAAGAUUUUUCGAUAAUAAAACUUUUUUAGUUAUGGCACAUCAUAAAAAUAAUUUGAUUAUAUAUGAUGAUACACAACCAUUUCAAUUAAAAAAUCAUAUUGUUAUUAAUGGUACCGUCGAAUAUAAAUCAAAUUUUAUAAUAAAUUCUCAAAUAGGUGGUGUACUUAUACAUCAUAUUGAUAUGGAUGAUUAUAUCGGUUUAUCAUGUAAUCUUGGUGCAUAUCCGAUAAGUUCAGUUGUAUCUCGAAUAUUUUCACAAUCAAAAUCAUAUAUUAAACCAACAACAACAACAGCAACAAUAACAUUGAAUAAUCAAUAUGAAACAACAAAAAUACGUUCCACAGUAAUAAAUAAUUUAUGUUCAGGCGUUAAAACAGAACAAUUAAUAGAAGAUAAGAUUGAUUGUCGUUAUUAUUAUGUAUGUCAAUCAAAUAAUAGUAAACCUAUAUCACAUUUACAAUGUCCUCAAAAUAUGUUUUUUUCAAUGAAAGAAAAAGCAUGUACACAUCAAAAUUCUGAUUGUUCUUCUAAAUCAAUGUUCAAUUCAAUGGCAAAAUCAAUAGAACAAACUCAAAAAUCAUUAUCGAGACAAUCGGAUAAAAGAUUUCAAUGUCAAAAAGCGAAUGGAAUAUUUGCUGAUUUAUAUGAUUGUAGACAAUAUAUAUUAUGUUCAAAUAAUAUUCCUUUUAUAAUGAAAUGUCCAUCAAAAACAAAAUUCAAUUCAUUAUUAAAUCGAUGUGAUGAAUGGUCGAAUAUUUGUCCUUAA